ACAAUACUUGCAACAUAAAAAAUAUGUAGGCAUAUAACUCAUUAGUCACUGCUUUCCAUGUAUGGUAAUUGAUAAGGUUCAAUCCACCAGACUAAAGCGUUCCAAAAUAUGCACAUUGCAUUGCACCUCUUACUGCUGGUUACUUUUCCAGCUGAUUAUAUCCAUGUACCCCAGAAGACAGAAGUUCAGUUCAGUCCAGUCCAAUUCACUUAAUCAAGUCCAUAGUAUUAGCCUAUAUUUAAACCAACAAAAUUUGUUCUUGAAGAAAAUAUGUAGGCAUAUGCAACCCAGUAGUCACUGCUUUCCAUGCUUGGUAAUUGAUAAGGUUCAAUCCAUCAGACUAAGGCCCUCCAAGAUUUGCACAUUACAAUUGUUUAGUAAAGCAUGAUGGGAAGUUGCUUCUUUCCAUUUUUAAUUGAUAAUCACUCCAAACCAGGCUACAAAAACAACUUAUCAUCCAACUGCUGCCAAAGGAUCCAUGCACAGCAUUAGCUUAUCUGCUUAAUACCUUUCACUAGUCCUGAACUCGUUUUCCAAAUUGCUAAUCUUGUGGGAAGGAAAGUUUCAUGUUAGCCUCUUGCAAUCUCAAGGAUUUCAACAUCAUAGUUAUAUAAAAGAACCAGAUAUCAAAAUGUGCUGGUUAGACUUCAAAAGAAGGAUUGAGGUUUAAUCUAGAACUAAAGUAUGAAUGUAGGUAUUGCAAAGUAAAAAACUUGAGUUAGUUAUUUAAUUGAACCUUUUAUGUUAAAGUACUCAUGAAAAUAAAAUCAACAAGUCUAUGGGUUUAUUCAAGAAAAUAUUGUUAAUGUGUUAGAAAUAAUGUAGAUAGGCUUUAAUGUAAUUACAUUGACCAUAAGUUAUGUAUUUAUGCCUCUUAGUAUAUAUAUUAGGGGUAAUUGCACUGACCUCCCUCAAGGUUUGAUGUUAUUGCACUGACCUCCUCUCUAUUUUGCAAAAUGCAUUGAUCUCCCCUUCUUCGUAUAUCAUUUAGAACAACAAAUGAGUGCUGAGUAUUAUAAUAAUAAUCUUAGGGGAAGUUCGUGCAAUAAUGAUAUACAUUAAGGGAGAUUUGUGCAAUGAUUGCAAUAAAGUAAGAGUGGUUAGAAUAACCUUGGGGGACGUCAUUGCAAUUUUCCCUCUUCCAUUGUGUAAUUCUAACACAUAUUCAUCCCAAAUCUUCCGUUUCUCACUCGCACUCUCAUGAUAUCGGAGCUUAUUCUAUAUCCGAUAUUGUGCCACCAAACUACCAAUAAUCAACUUAUGCCUACAACUUUCCGGGGGCAACCUACCUUGGUCCCCAUUCCCCAAUGCAAUAUACUUGGUCUGUGGCUUUUCCAGUGCAAUCAACAUGGCCUCAUGGAUUUCUAGUGCAAUGAGAAAAAUUGAUAGCCUAUAUCAGGUCCAAGGCUGUAAAGAACAAGCAAAUAAGUUUGCCUAAAAAAUUGAAUCGAACUUCACAAAGGCAAAUUAAAGGGAGAUUACAACUAUAGGAAAAUAAAAGAAACUCAAAACCAAAGGUUCAUCAACUGUAGAGUAUGAGUGGAGUAACCCUCUUUAGCACAAAAUUGAACUAACAGUAGAUGUUUUCACCAGUAGAUUAGGCAACAAUAAGAAACAGUUCAUAUUUUUCUGAAAUUUGUUAUAGGUGCUACUAUACUCUGAAAGUUAAAUGCAAAAAUAUUUAAAAGCAGGGCAGUUUCUAAGAAUAAGCACUCAAUGGCUAAUUAUAAUUGUAAUAUUUAACUAAGAUGUAGUAAUGUGACCAUAAAUGUUACUCAUUUCAAUUGCUGCUGCUUUGAAUUGUUUGGCGAGCUAUGAUUCAUUCAUAUUCAUUAUUUUCCACUUCAUUUGCACAUUCAUUUUCUACUAUCUCUCUUCUCUUUCAAUCACAUCACCCAUCACAUCUCUUAUACUUACUUCCUCUUUUCUUCAUUUCCCUCUUUUCUCUCCACCCCCUUUUAAUUUAAAAUGGAGUUUCAAUGAAACUUUUUCCUUAUUUGGCAAUCACAUUGCAUGCCUUGGUUCAUAAUGUAUGCGAGUUACAUCAAAUUUCAGUGUUAUGAACUUUCGUACAUUUUCAAGUACUUGAUGGUUUAUAGUGCAUUAAAUCUACUGGUUCAGUAAGACAAUAAGUUCAUCCAGCUCUCAUAUCAGAAGCUGCAGCAAGUGGUAAUAUCUGUUCAGUGUUUGUGUGUUUAAAUCUGAGUGCUACUCUCAUUAUGCAACACAAAUAUAAUUGUGGGGGAUGAAAGUAGACUUGCACUGCCUACAAUGUGAAAUUUGUCUUCUUGUCAGUUUCCAUUUUCCUUUACAUCUUUUUCCUUUACAUCUAUCAGUAUCACUGCCAAUUAAGACCCAUUCAAAAACUGACCUAUAUUAAGAAAAUGGUGAGAUGUGAAGAAAAGUGCAAUUCAGAAUUCUUUCUUGAUUUCCCAUAAGGAAAUCUAUGUUCAUUUGUAUUAUGGCACCUGAUCACAUUAGUCUGAUUACAUAAGCAAUAACCUAAUUCUUCUUUCUCAUCUCUUAAGUCAUAAUGCUAAUUGAAACCUACGGUUUGUUGUAUACAAAGGUAUGAAUGUGUAUGCAAUGAAUGGGGAGAAUAAGAUAUUCUAUUGACAGAAGAAAACACCACAUAUAGGAGGAAAAUACAUCAAAGUUAAGUUGUUUAUGUCUACGGUGUUCAGUAAAAAACCGAGCCAUCAUGAUACAUUGACAUAAUAACCAUUGAUAUAACAUUUUAAAAUUCAACGGAUAUGAUUUACUUUGAAAAUUACAUUAAUGUCCUUUCUCACCCGCCCAACAAAAUUUCAUGGCCACCGUUUUUCAUGUACCAUCAACUUCUCUGGAGAUCAACAAUCUAUCACGGCGAAGGUAUAGUCGUCGCUGGGAAGUGUAAGCCCAUUCAUCCUUAUUUUUCAGCUAACAUAAGCACAUUGUAACUCAUUAUCGGCCACCACUUUUACUGGAAACCACUUAUGCACAUCUCGUCUCCCCUCGAUGUCAGCGCACCAUUCUCCCUCAUUAAGAGCACACGUGAUUUUGUCGUUGAAACCUGCUCUGUCUCCCUCUGUAAUGGCCUUGAUUAGGUUUACCCUGAUGUUGUUUAUCUUUGUUUCCUUGAAGGGAUGUCAAAUCCAAGCCAUAAUCUUAAUCAUAAAACCAGGAAUGGGUCCAUUCCACUAGCUCUUCUUCUUGUGAUAAUAAAUAGAGGGGUGCGCUUUCCCUUUGAAUGUGUAGAUCUUCCGGCCCUCGUGCCUAGCUUUACUUAAUGCUCCUGAAGUCCAAAAAGGAAACUGAGUGGACCAGGGGCAGCGAAGUUAAGUGACAGAAAUGGUAGUCGUGGACUGGUACUGCCUAGAGAAUUGCAGUGUGUGAGAGGAGUCAGGGAGCAACGAGGCCCCUAACAACGAAACAAAUUGAUGAAGCUCACGGUGGUGGCAACAUGCAUUGUUGAUGGUGCUUCGAGCGGCGGAUCUCCUGGGAGAAAGGAGCUGAGAACAUCCACCUCCUCGUUUAGCAAGGCCAAGCUUGAAUGGCGAUGGGCUUAUACUUUCUAGGUUUGCAGCUGAGUAGAAGGGCAAAAACAAAAUUGCAACACUAGAGUUAGGAUAUGAUUGUCAUUGCAGACUUGAUCCAUCGUGGUUCACUUACAAAAUAACCCACGACAGACAUAGCCAUCAAAGUUUGACAAAAGAGAUACCAAAGUUAUCCAAAGAGCAAAACCCCAAAUCAAAUUUCCCAUGGUAGAUCAAAUGACAAACUUAAAAAAAUUGAAGACAAUGUUUAAUUCUAGUUAUAUCAAUUACAAGAGAUAACCAAAUAACUAAUGCAUUUCCGUUAAGUUUUGAGCUCUCCUUACAAACAUAUCAGAAAAGUCAUUGAGGAAACUACUCUUAAAGGGUGAAGUCAGUAUUCCCAAAACAACAAAACUUUAUCCAAAUGAAUGUUGCUAAUGAUCAGUAUAAAUAUAUGUAUCUACUAGUCUUGAAGCUAGAUAUGUAGGCUUCGUGAGGCCUCCAAACAUGGAACAGCUCAGCGUUACUAUUAAAAAUGCAAAAUCAACAUCGUCUGCAAAGAAUGCUUUGUAAAGCAUUAUAGCUAGUUUUUGCUUCUAAUUUCUGUUGAUUUGUUCCAAGCAAAAACUCCAAAUUCCUGCGGUUGAUCCAAGGAACAAAAUAGAGCUACGUUUCAUUCACAAUCCUAUUAUUUUCCACUUCAUUUAUACCACACUUUCUAUCUAUCUCUUUCUCUCUCUCCUUUAUAUCUCUUCUCUCCACUCCAUUUAAACAUAAAAUGAAGUGUGAACAAUUUUUUUUCCUUUCUAUUUUUAGUAUGUGCAAUGGUGUGGCCAUAGUGGCUUCAUGUUAACGACUUAUCGAGCAUAUCUGUCUCAAUGAGAGUAUGAACUUUGGCUUCACGCGGAACAUCUGUUAUGAACCAUACACAACAGUGCAUUCCUUCUAACAAUAUGUUAUCAAGAAGGAGCAUUAAUAUAUUCCUGCAGUAUAAAAUAUAAAUGAGUAAAAAGUGGAGGGACCGACAAGAAUGCACUGUGGAAGAAUUAGGAGUUGAAAACCCUCUUUAACCAUGCAUGUCAUCACUUAAUAGCUUAAUGGCCAUGUCGAUUUAUUUAGUGUAAGGUAUAGUUGUCUUUGUACUGUCCACGUCUCAACCUGGCUGGUGAGAAGGGAGUGUGCUAGAUAUAGAUCCAUCCAUGAGCCUUCACUUGAUAGCCUAAGCUUUUACCCUUGACAGGAAUGAAGAUUUGAUGUGCUUUGAUGUAUGAACAUGCUUAGAAAGGGGAGCAGUAUUAACCAAACUAUGAAUCCAAAAGAUUUGAUUUUCAAUUGUAGUAAUCAAUCAUAGGCCACGGGAACUCAUCCAAUUUAAUUCUUUAAAAGUAUGUUAAGAGUCAAGAUUCUCUACUAAUACAUGCGUCUGGAAUUUGAUUAUUUCAAGAAUUGUUGAAUUAAUCAAAUUUCUAGAUUUCCAUAAUCUCCAAAACCACAAUCACCAAAUCUAGCAAAAAAAGCCUUGCUAGAAUUCGAAUUUCUCAAGAAACACGAAUUUGUUUUAUUAGAAUUUGGGUUAAGUUUAAAUCUUUUCCAAAAGUUAGUUGGGGUGAGUAUUGCUCCACCAUAUGUAAGGACUUAUUUAGCUAUAUUUCUAGUUUAUGUUAGACCUUAACACACCUCCUCACGCCCCAAAUUGGACAUUUGGAGUGUCAAAUUUGCUUGAAUGAACAUUUGCGAGCAGGCCAUAUUUGGGUGGUCUCUGAUAAAUGGGAUUUAGUCUGAUUGUUCUACCCUAUAUAAAGACUUAUUUAACCAUAUCUCUAGACUCUAGUUAAUGUGAAUGUGAGAUCUUAACAUGUUCAAGCACCUCAUCCAAAGGAACAAUUCAAGUUAGUUAUCCUUGCUCCACAUCUCCAUCACAUCAACAUUAAUUUCAUAGAUCACAUUCAAACUCAUUCAAGCAGAUCAAAUUUGAAGAUGCAAACAAGAUCUAGAGAGAGAGAAUUUGAAUUAACUCAAUUAACAAAUGAAUUAUAAACAGUUAAGAAUAAUUCUUAAGAGCAUUCACAAGAGAAAAAGAAAACCCCUCAGUAUUGAUUCAAAGGUUCAGCAAUCUAUGGAAGAAAACUAAAAAAUGCAGGGAAAAAAAAACCUGGAGAGAACAAGAGAAUAUUCUAGACUAAAGAUGGCUCUGGAAUCUCCAAAUCAUAACAAAUGAAUAAUUGGUUCUGUACUAUUUCGUUUCCUACCUAUUUAUACACGUUCUAAAGUUGUUUUUCUGAGUUCCACUUCAAUUGUGUAUAAAUUUUGAGCCAAAUAGAACAAGUUGGCCCAAGUCCCUUGUAAUUGGGACCACAUAUAACUUAGUUAUGACCAUCAGAAUGCUAAACUUGUAACUCUCUGACUACAUGGAUUUACACCCUCUAAACAUCUCACAGGCAGAGAUAUCUUUAUGUUAAAUAUAGCCUUGUAUGUAAACUACAAGUUGGCUCUGGUUUAGUCUCAUUUGUACAUUUAUACCAACUACCCCAAAAGUUUAACAUGUUGGUUGAAGACACAUGAACCAUUUUAUAUCAUAUUUUCAACACACUCUCAUGGAAGUCCAUUGCCCUUAAUCUGUAGCGCAGCCAUGAUGCUAGUAUCAUCACUGGCCCAAUUAGCUCUUGCAUGGACAAUGCAUAGGCUCAUCCACAUUGUGCUUAAAUUCAUAAUUCUUAGAAUAAUAGAGCAACAAGAAUUGAAUCCCAUGCCACUUGUUCAUUGAGACUUUGAUACCAUGUCAUAAACUAACUAUCCCAAAACUUAAGUUGUUGGUAAAGACAGAUAAUGAUCUUACGUUAUAUUGGUAACAAUCUAUAGAUCCAAAUAUAUAGACAACUUUUAUGUAAAGGUCAUGUUGUCAGGACCAGUCUCAACUGUGCAGUAAAAAUUGCAUACGGAAGGAGGCUGAUUCAGGUCUCGGGCCUCUUUAUUGAAAAUGUGGAUCUCUGUCUUAACUUUCCAGCAAGACAAAAAUAACUUCAAUUAGCCAAGUGUAGCUUGAGAUAUGCCUUGUAGGAGAUAAUGUCAUGAGCACUAAAAAUUCCAAUUUAAGCAUAAAUUGAGACAAAGGUGUAGUUAAGCCCACUUACUCAGCUUCCUAAAAACAUGUAGCAUUUCUAACUAACUACUCACUCAGAAUAAUGACUUAGUGAGCAGCUCUAAUGUUGAGAAGCCUAAGCUGAUCAGGUUGCGCUUCCUGAACAUAGAGCUCACAUUUCUAUCAUGCACCAAGAUGUUGGAUGUCGGAUAAGCCACCGAUAACAUCACGUGAUGAAGAUUACUCACGGGAUGAGCGGAGAUCAGCAUUAAGGGGAUCAUCUCCUGUCUCCAAUAGAGAGCAUAGAGGACGCCAUGAUAGCCCUGAACCACAUUAUUCUGACAAAUCCAAGCUUAGUGAUAAAAGUUCAGAGCCCAGUGAGGUUUUAUGGGUUGGGUUCCCAGCUCAGUUAAAGGUGGAAGAAUCCAUUCUGAGAAGGGCUUUUUCUCCAUUUGGUGAGAUUGAGAAGAUUACUACAUUUUCAGGUCGUAGCUAUGCCUUUGUUCGGUUCAGAAGUCUGACUUCAGCAUGCAGAGCAAGAGACAACCUGAGGGGAAAGCUAUUUGGGAACCCCCGUGUGCAUAUUUGUUUUGCCAAGAGUGAUGCAGGUUCAUCAAGCAGUGGGAGGAGCUCAUUGAAUGCUCCUCUUUCCCCACUUUACAAGCCACGUGAUCGUGAUGGAUCUUCUGAGAAUCUCAUUCUGGAUAGGAGCUUCGGUGGAGAUCGGAAUAUUAGUUCUCCAAACCUUUACCGGAAUCGGGAUUCUGGAGAUUCUGGUUCUUAUGAUUUUAACCUUAGGGGGGGUUCUUCAUGGACUGGGGGAAAUAACACAAAUGAGCAAAGGAACAUUGGACAGAAGGGAACUUCGCUAGGAGCACCACAUGAAUUCUAUGGACAUAUAAAUAGUCCACCAAGAGAAAGAAAUGUUCAUCUGGGUGAUUUCCCACAGAAAUUUCCUCAAAGGGGUGCAUUCUUUGAAGAUCAGCAGGCCAUGCCAGAAGAUAUCCCCUAUCUACAUGAGGCUAAAAGGCUAAGGACUGGUCCUUCUUCUCCUGAGGGAGAGCUUCCAGAGUAUCCUUUCUCUGAGUUCGAAAGGCAGAAACAUGUUUUUCCAAGACUGUUACCUGAUUUUCCCCAACGUGAGCAUUUUGAUCAAAGCUUUGAUUCUGGAAAUUUUGCUUAUCGCCAAACACUUGAUCACCGGCCAAAUUCACCUCUGGCUCCUUUAGAUAAUAGGCAUGAAGGAUGGAAACCUUAUGAUAGCUUCCCAAUGGGUCCUGGUACACUGAAUUCCCAAUCAAAAUUUGUUGAGAAGAAAAUAUUCACACCUGAACCUGAUAAUUCAUCUGUAAGUGAGUGGAAAUGGGAAGGAACGAUUGCUAAAGGUGGAACCCCGGUUUGUCGUGCACGCUGCUUCCCUGUGGGGAAGGUCCUGGAUAUCUUGCUACCUGACUUCUUGGAUUGCACUGCAAGAACUAGUUUGGACAUGCUUGCAAAGCAUUACUACCAAGCAGUUGGUGUUUGGGUUGUUUUCUUUGUGCCUGGAAGUGAUGCAGACAUCGAAUUCUACAAUGAAUUCAUGCAUUAUUUGGAGGAAAAGCAGCGGGCUGCGGUUGCCAAGUUGGACGACAAGACGACAGUGUUUCUUGUACCUCCAUCAGAAUUUUCAGAGAAGGUGUUGAAGGUACCUGGUAAAUUGAGCAUAUCUGGCGUCAUUCUCAGGUUGGAGUAUCCUACUUUAAAUCAUGGUCCCAUGCCCAUUGAAGGAGUCAUGAAAAAUGAAAAUCUGUUGUCCUAUAAUGAGAAUGCAUUCAAUCCAAAUUCAUCAUUUCCAUCAGUACGUAUUCCUCCUCCAUCUAUUUCAGAAUAUGGCAAUUCUGGAAUAAGCAAUCAUUCAUUUCUGGGAAAUAAAUUUCCAGCAGCUCCAUCAGUUUCGGACUCAGCUCGUGCUCUGGUUAGCAUGCCUGAAUCUCAUGAUGACCGAAGUCGUUCUUAUCCUCCACUCCCGCCGCAGACAUCUGGACCAAACUGGUCUUCUCACAAUCUGCAGAACUUUAGAUCUUUACCGAUGCAAUUAUCAAGUGCUGCUUCUGAGCCUAUUGCCGAGGAGCGGCAGCCCAUCAUUCCAAGACCAGACAUAAGCUCAGCUCAUCAUUCCAAUGCAAUUUCUGGUAUUCCUUUAUCAAUGCCUGUGGGAGCUCUGGAACCAGAACAACUUGUUCGACUAGCUGAAACUCUUCUGGAGCAAAGGAGGCAAUCUGGAAGCUCGUUGAGCUCGUCCGCUUUCAGUGAUCCUCGGCAGAACAGAUUUGAUGGAUCUGACACCUCCCAGAGGUAUGCAGCAGAGAACAACCUGGUGAAUUCUGAAUUUUCAGCGCCUCAGCUUAGUCAACUUCUACAGUCACAGAUGUCAAACGUGGCUCUACCGCCACAAACAGUUCAAAGGGAACCACAAAGUGAGGUUAAUGGAAAUCAGCAGUUCAGAGAUAGUGGUAGCUUGCAAGCAACAUUACAACUGGCUUCUGCUCUUCUUCAUCAACUCCAGCAGGGAAAACCAAGUUGAGCACUACCAGGGUGUUUGCUGUUGCUUUCGUGGUUCGGCGUUGUAGCAUAAGGUUCUGAAACUAGGAUUACUGGCUGUAAGAUGCAUGGUUAGAUUUUGAGUUUAUGCAGUGGCUUUUAGGCAAUUUGAUUUCGAGUAGAAAUGCUGCAGUUCUUGGUUUUUAGAGUCUGGUUUUAGCUUACACUCAGGACUUUUUCUCUUUCAGAAAAUUUAGUGCCAAACCUUGCUCCUUAUUAGCAUGUUUGAACUUUGAAUCAGCUUGAAUCAAUUCUGGCAUGCAGAAGCUACUCACAGAACCUUCUUCUGAUAAUUGAUUUUGGCUUUAGAAUUAAUUAUAAGAGGAUUUCUAAACA